AUGGCUACUAGGAGAAUCGUCGCCACAGAAAAGUCCAUCCUGGAAAAGGAUGAUCACGUCGGAUCCAGCCCAGCCGCAAGCGAAAAGUCCAACAUCACGCCCGCAGUGCCCCUAGAUGUCAUCCUCAAGCUGUUGGCAUUCACGCUUGCCAUGGUGGUCAUCCCGAUCGGCUCCUACUUUGUCACCGUGAACUCGAUAUUCAAAGGAAACUCAACCUACGCCGGCGCCCUAGCCGCCAUCAUGGCCAAUGUCGUCUUGGUUGCGUACGUCGUCGUGGCCAUGAACGAGGAUCAGACUGAGCAGGAAAAGAAAAAGGAAGGCAAGAAGGACCGUUGA